AUGGCCUUCUUCCAGUGUCGCUCUCGCCCUCACUCCGACUUCUCACCUCUUUUCCGCCUUCUCGAUGAUUACGAGACCCACCGCUCCGAGCCGCGCCCCACCCGCGCCCGCGCAGUUGCUACUCCAAGCUUUACCCCAUCCUUCGAUGUCCGCGAGGCUUCUAAUGGCUACUACCUGGACGGCGAACUCCCAGGCGUAGACCAGAGCAACAUAGAAAUUGAAUUCAGUGAUCCACAAACUCUCAUCGUGAAGGGUCGCACUGAACGAAACUACCAACAAACCCAAAGCCAAGACCAGGGCCAGGAGCAGACCUCGUCUCCAUCUCCAUCUCCAUCUCCACGCCAGCUUCAAGCAACCGUCGAAGAUGACUCAGACGAAGCUGACUCCGACUUCAACACCGAUGACGACACCAGCUCACAGCAACUGAAGCAAAAGCUUUAUGCAGAGACAACAAAGCAGCAGACGCAAACGCAAACGCAGACGCAGACGCAGAAGACCCAGCCUGAAUUCCACUUCUGGGCGUCGGAGCGGUCAAUCGGCGAGUUCCAGCGCACAUUUAGCUUUCCCACGCGCGUGGAUCAAGAUGGUGUGCGCGCUAAUUUGAAGAACGGGAUUCUUUCUGUUUAUGUGCCCAAGGAGGCGGCGCCUAAGAUGAAGAAGAUUCGGAUUCUGUGA